UAGAACAAUGGGCAGAGCUUGUCUUCUCACUGAAUUUUAAUCUCAGCUGCAGAAUGGCUGAUCAGGUAUCUUGCCUUUCUGAGCUUCAUGGCCUGAAUUGGGAAUGUAACAAGAAGGCUGAUUUUGCCUAGACUGCAGAUUUGUUAUGAGAAUCCAGUAUUGUUGUACCUGAAAUUCUUUCUGAAUUAAAUCAACCUGAGCUUGUAAACUGUCAUUUUCAAAUGAUUGUUUUUGCCCAUUUGAGACUGAAAACUUCUCUUUCUCUAAUGAAGGAGAUUAUAAAUCAGUUUUCUUUCUAUUGGUUCAGGAAAGUUUUUAUAUUGAUGUAUGUGUGUAUGGCCCCUCCCCAUCUAUAUGUUUUGUUGUUUCCUUCAGAUGGAGAAACCAAGCAUGAAAUGAAGGAGACUACUUCAGAGCUGAGCCUUUCUGUGGAAGAAUCACGACAGCAGAAAUUCAAGAAUAAUGAUCACUGUGACCUCAGUUUGAGAGAAAUCUGUGCCUCUGAUAUCAAGACAGAGAAAAAACAAAAGAAUCACUGUGCGUUUGAUAAAUACAGAAAGAAUAUCAAACAAUGUCCAGUUCUAAUUCACUGUAAGAAAGUGAAAUCAGGGAAAAACAGUUGUCAGGAGAGGAAAUGCUCUAGCAAACCUAUAGAAGUUGUUGAAUCUCAAGAAAAACCUCCUGAAGAUAAAACUUAUCAAUGUGAGAUGGACUUCAGCUUGAAUUCAGCUUUAAUUCAGAAGAUUCCUACUAGAAAUAUUCUUUCCAGUAGAAAUGAAAGUAAGAAGAUCUUCAGCCAUAAUUCAGAACUCAGCGAUCAUCAAAAAACCAACAAUGGAAAGAAAGAUUAUAGAUGUAAUGAAUGUGGUAAAGCCUUUAAGCAACAGUCAUCCUUUAUUCACCAUCAGAAAUUUCAUACUAGCAAAAAUCUACAUAACUGUAUUCAAUGUGGAAAGACUUUCAAGAGAUAUCCAUCCCUUAUCUCCCACCAGAGAAUUCAUACGAGAAAGAAAUCUCAGGAGUGUCGUGAUGAUAAAACUUUCAGUGAAAAAUCAUCCCUUAUUAUACAUCAGAGAAGACACAUCGGAAAGAAAUCUUAUGAAUGUAGCCAUUGUGGAAAGAUUUUCAAAAAGAAAAGCCAUCUUGUUCUGCAUCAGAGAAUCCAUACGGGAGAGAAACCUUAUGAAUGUAAUCAUUGCGAAAAGACUUUUAGACAGAGUUACUAUCUUGCUAUACACCAGAGAAUCCACACUGGAGAGAAACCUUACGAAUGUAAUCAGUGUGGAAAGACUUUUAGAUGUAAGUCUAGUCUUGUUAUUCAUCAAAGAAUCCACACUGGGGAGAAACCUUAUAAAUGUAAUCAAUGUGGAAAGACUUUCAAACAAAGCUCUUAUCUUUCUGUACAUCAAAGAAUUCACUCUGGAGAAAAGCCUUAUAAAUGUGAUCAGUGUGGAAAGACUUUCAGACAUAGCUCCAAUCUUGUUGUACACCAGAGAAGCCAUACUGGAGAGAACUGUUAUGAGUGCAAUCAAUGUGGAAAGGUUUUCACACAGAAGGCCACUUUUAUCAAACAUCAGAGAAUCCACUCUGGAGAGAAACCUUAUGAGUGUAGUCAGUGUGGAAGGACUUUCACAAGCACAUCCAAUCUUGCUCAACAUAAGAGAAUUCAUACUAGAGAAAAACCUUAUAAAUGUAAUCGAUGUGAAAAGAGUUUCAGACACAGAUCAAAUCUUGUUGUACAUCAGAGAAGCCACACUGGAGGGAACUGUUAUGAGUGCAAUCAGUGUGGAAAAGUUUUCACACAGAAAACCACUUUUACCAAACAUCUAAGAAUCCACUCUGGAGAGAAACCUUAUGAAUGUAGUCAGUGUGGAAAGAUGUUCACAACUACAUCCAAUCUUACUGAACACCAAAGAAUCCACACUGGUGAGAAACCUUAUGAAUGUAAUCAAUGUGGAAAGAAUUUUAGACAUAGCUCCAGUCUUGUUCUACAUCAGCGAAUUCACACUGGGGAGAAACCUUACAAAUGUAAUCAGUGUGGAAAGGCAUUUAGACACCACUCUAGUCUUGUUAAUCAUCAGAGAAUGCACACUGGAAAGAAACCUUAUGAAUGUAAUGACUGUGGAAAGAGUUUCAGAGAGACUUCUGAUCUGGCUGAACAUCAAAGAAUCCACACCGGAGAGAAACCUUAUGAAUGUAAUCAGUGUGGAAAGACAUUCAGACACAGCUCCAGUGCUUCUGCACAUAAGAGAAUCCACACUGGAGAGAAAUCUUUUAAAUGUAAUCAAUGUGGUAAGACUUUCAGACUAAGUUCCAGUGUUUCUGUACAUCAAAGAAUCCAUACUGGGGAGAAACCUUAUGAAUGUAAUCAGUGUGGAAAGAUUUUCACACAGAGGGCCAAUUUUUCUCAACAUAAGAGAAUCCAUACUGGAGAAAAACCUUAUGGAUGUAUUCGUUGUGGAAAGACUUUCACAAGUACAUCCAAUCUUGCUGAACAUCAGAGAAUCCACACUGGAGAGAAACCUUAUGAAUGUAAUCAAUGUGGAAAGGCUUUUAGAUGCAGUUCGGGUCUUGCUAAACAUCAGAGAAUCCACACCAGAGAAAAGUCAUUUGAAUGUAAUCAAUGUGGAAAGACUUUUAAACAUCACUCUAGUCUCAUAAAUCAUCAGAGAACCCACAAUGGAAAGAAAUUUUAUGAAUAUAAUCAGUGCAGUAAAACCUUCCAGCACCAGUCAUCUCUUAUUUCCCAUAUGAGAAUCCAUACUACAUGUAAAUCUUAUCACUCUAAUGAAUGACAUUCAGCUGGAGGAUAGAGUUUGUUAGACAUCAGAAAAUUCAUUCUAGGAUAACUCAAUAAGAGAAAAUUUCAGUCAGAGGUCAUCUUGAUAUCAAGGAAUUCAUAAUUAGGAGAAACAUAAUGAUUGCACUAUAUGGGACAUGCCUUGUGAUGGAAAAUGAAGGUCCCUAGAUGUCAAAAUAUCCAUAGUCAAAAGGAGGCUCAUAAGAGCAAAAUUAUGGGGAAGCUUUAACAUGGAGGUCAUACUUAACUGUACAUUGGAGAAAUUUGUUGGAAAUAAAAAAAUCUAAUUAACAAGAGAAGACCUUUUGCUUGAGCACAUAUGUAAUUAGACGUCCCAAAUUUCAUAUAGGGGAUAAAGCCCUAUAAAUAUAAUGAGUUUUUCUCUAAAA